UCAUAAUUUUGUCUAUAUAGUCGCCAUUAUGAAUUAUGUUGAAUAAUUAAUAUAAGAAAAUUCCCUUAACUUCAAAAUAAAAAGUAAGAAUUUGCUUUAGAAUCAGCGACAAGGUAAUUAAAAAUAUUUCAUGUCCAACUACCCAAGGAAACUUUUGUUGCAAAGUGAGGUUAGCAGCUGACAAAGAAAGGAUAUUAGGGUUCCUAAUAAAAUUGCGAAAUCCUUAAUAGUUGUAUUGGAACAAUCUAAUAAUUAUUCAAAUCGGGACAUUUUAAAACCUUGUAUAGUGAAGAAAGCUUUAAUAAUUAUAGUAAAUAAGAAAACAGGGAGAGUUCCAAAGAAACUUUAUAUUCGUUUAAAUAAAGUAAAUAAUUUGAAAUUAGUUAUUCGAUUAGCAAGAAUGGACUAUGAAACAAUUCAAAAUAGUGGCGGUGAACAUCCACCAAGGAAAAAGGCCAAAAAUAUUGCUGAAAGGGAUCCUGCAAAAAGAGAUUUAGCUACUUUACCUGCUGAUAUUCUAUUGAAAAUAUUUAGGUAUUUAGAUUUGAAGUCUAUUAAUAACUGUGCGAUGUUGUGUUCAACUUUAAAUAAUGUGUCAAAGGACAGUUCUCUAUACAAGAAGGUUAUGUUAAAGUACAAUAUGAAUACACAGUUUUUAGAAUCGUUUAUAUCUAAAAUAUCGAGUCCUAGAGAGGUAUACAUAGAAUAUAAAUUUUAUGAUCAACAUGCUGAAGUUGGUGACUAUCAUGAUUUUAAUAAAUAUAUUGAAAUUAUGUUAAGAAAAUGUGGAGAACAUAUUUUAUCCUUAAAAAUCGAGAGUUGCCGGAAUGAGGAAUUGUUAUUAAAUAUUUCUGAAUGUAUUCAUUUGAAGAGGCUGACAUUGUACAGAUGUAAAAGUUCAUUUAAAACACUGCCAUCCAUAGGAUCAUUAACAAACAUUAGUUUCGUAUCGUGUCAUUUUCCCCAAAAAACUGUUAGUGAGCUUGUUAAGAAUAAUCCAAAUUUGAAGUAUAUCUCUUUGUCCAAUAACGUAAACGUGAAUGCAAAUGAAAUAUGCGAAGUAAUGUCCAAGUACAACCUAUUAGUUAAAGAAAUACAUUUUAGCGAAAGAAAAAGAGUAAAGUCGAAAAGUUUGAGAACCCUCGCAAGACUGACUAAUUUACGAAAAUUAGAACUAAUAUCUGGCCCUGGCUUUGAUAGUGAUCCAGAGGAUGCUCUCGAGCAGUUAGCAGCUGGAUGUCCCCAAUUAGAAAAGUUAGUUAUAUACGGAUGGAAAGAAAUUAAUGAUGACAAUUUUAUACCUGCUUUACAUAUGCUGACACAAUUAAAGGUACUAGAUUUAAGAGGCACCAAUAUUACCAUAAAGAGCUGUCGAGAAGCUGCCCUUUCUUUACCUUUACUGAAAACUAUGGAUGUGAUAAAAUGUCAUCGAGUGAACAAAGCUCAGCUUGCACAACUGCAAAAGGAUUUCAUGGAAAUACACAUCCCAUUGGAGUAGAAAAUCUGUUGUGUUCUUACCAUUGUAUAUUUUUCUUUACACUUAUUUCUUAAAUCAUAUUUAUUUUUAGCAUCAACAUUUUUAUAUUCCAGUUAUAUUUUCGUUUCAUAUUUGAACGUGGUGUUUCAUUAACUAAGUUGAUUGUAGAGUAAAAUGUAAGCAGUGUUAAUAUGUUGUAAUCUAAGAAUAUAAAGUAAU